AUGUCAUCCAUAUCACUCAAUAUAACCCACAACUUCGCCACCAAGAAGGUGACGUUCCCCAAGUCUGCCACGAUCCAUCAGGUGGCCGAGGCUGCUCUUGAGAAGUUUGGCAUUCGAAAUGGUGCCGUGGGCCAGCUCCUCUACAACGACAAACCAUUGGAUAGCUCGUUACCCUUGAGGCUCACUAACCUCACCAACAACUCCAAAUUGAAGUUGGUGCUCAGGUCAGGUGGUGGAAAGGGCACUCCAAUCAACGUCAAAUUGACCAUUAGCUAUCCCGAAGAAUCAAAAACCAUUAUUGGCAAAGUUGAUUCCAGUGUCACAUUGCAUCAAUUGCUCGAACAAUUCGGGUCAAGCAAUAGUAUUGACUUGCUCUCCAAACAAUCUCAAUUGGUUAUACUGAACACCACUUACAACAGUGCCGAUUACCAGCAGAAACAAUUGAAAGCAAUUGUGGGCAAUGUGUCCAGUAUGGUAAUUCGCAUGGUGUUUGUGAAGAGUCAAGACGAGAAUCAAAAGAGGCAGCAAGAGCAAAAAGCUAUUGUGGAGAGACAAUUGCAGUUACAGAGAGAGAGGAACGAGAAAUUGAGAGUAGAGAAGUUAAAGGAGCAAGAGCAACAGGAACAAGCUAGAGCACAAGCACAAGAAGACGAGGAUGUUAACAUGGAGGAUGCCAUUGAUGAAUCUAAAGAAAAGCAAGUUGGGUCAACCUCUAAUUCUAGCCAAUCCAGACCAACAACCGUGGUUCAGAAGCCAACUAACGAAACGCCGGGUGAUUCUUUAAUCGAGCAACCGGAGCAAGAUAAAUUUCAAGAGACAGCCACCGAAUCCCCUCAGCUCUAUCUACCCGAAUCUCGCUCUACCUCGAGCUACGAGAAUCCAGACGAAGAUUAUGAAAUGACUGUUAGCCAGGCCAUGACUUACCAAAAGUUGAUCCAAGACUCCGCCAAGAGGAAGAAGAAGGUUGUGAAUGUUCCUCAAAAGUACAACUUGAGAAUUAAGUUUCCAGACAGAUCGAUUUUGCAAAUCAACUUGCUCCAAGAUGUGCAGUCAAUUAAGUUUGGCCAGCUUUUGAAGAAGAUCGACGAAUUGUUGCUUGAGGAGUUCGUGGGGAAGUAUCACCUCAAAUUGGGAUACCCACCUUUUCAAAAGAUCCAGACCUCCUUUGAUUACAAUAAUACGCUUCUCGUCAAGUUGCCUGAAUUUCAAAGCGAACGUAGUGUGUUUAUUUGGGAGUAUAAUGGCAGUGAGAAGAAGUCCGGACCCUUCGUGAAGCCUGGCGCAAUUGCUGAUAUCAAGACGUCGAGCGAGCUUCCGGAAGUGGUAUUGGAGAGUCACAGAGGGGAAUUACCAGGAGAUGCCACAACUUCGGAGGUCAAACCGGUGCUGGGAUCCACAAGUUCGAAAGAUCCCAAGGCCAAAAGUGGUCCUAAGUUGCCUAGAUGGUUCAAAACCAAGUAG